UGAGUCAUGUUUCAAGAUAUUGCUUGGGUGUGUUGUUUUCCAUCAUCGUUAUCCGCCACCACAUCAUCUACAAAGGAUUUGCUUGUCCUCCACCUGCCAAACAACACUUGAUCGCGUCCACCAGCUUUGUCCCCAAAUAUAGGGCCUCGAAGCUCGUCGCGUUCUUGUCAAAAUUCGGUCUCCCAAAGCUGUUCUUCGUUCUGUUAGGGCCUCCUUUGCGAGGGUCAUCAGAUACAUUGUCUUUGAAAUGGCGGGCCCUGUCAGUCCCUCUGCUGAAGACAGCAUGGUCGUGAUUGUAUUGGGAGCCUCUGGCGACCUUGCAUUCAAGAAGACAUAUCCUGCGCUCUUUGGCUUAUACAAAAACAGCUUUCUUCCUCCGAACACCGACAUUGUCGGCUAUGCGCGAUCCCAUAUCGAACUGGACGAGUUCCGGAAACGUAUCUCUUCUCGCAUCAAGGUCAACAACGAGAAGGAACAGCAGCAGUUGAAAGAGUUCCUUGCCAAGUGUACAUAUGUUUCUGGCAGUUACGAUGAUGCGAAAUCGUUCAAAAAAUUGAACGAUGCAGUCGACGACAUUCAAAAGCGGGUGGGCGGUUAUAGGCACCGCGUCUUUUACAUGGCGUUGCCCCCGUCAGUUUUCAUCCCAGCCUCCAAAGGGCUGAGGGAACAUGUAUAUACUAGAAAGGGAAACAAUCGACUGAUUGUCGAAAAACCAUUUGGAAAAGACACCGAGUCUUCCAAAGAGCUUGGGCACGCACUAGCCCAACACUGGCUGGAAGAUGAGAUUUAUCGUAUUGAUCAUUACCUCGGUAAAGAAAUGGUCAAGAAUCUUAUGAUUUUACGCUUUGCCAACGUGUUUUUCGGUGCUGUCUGGAAUCGGCAAUAUAUUCACAAUGUCCAGAUCACAUUCAAAGAGCCUAUCGGAACCCAGGGGCGUGGAGGCUACUUUGAUGAAUUCGGCAUCAUUCGUGACAUCAUGCAAAACCAUCUUCUCCAAAUCCUAUCUAUUGUGGCCAUGGAGAAACCGGUCACACUGGAUGCGGAAGAUGUCCGUAAUGAGAAGGUUAAAGUUCUCCGCGCCAUUCAACCACUGACUGUGGACGACGUGCUACUCGGUCAAUACACAGGAAGUCCUGAUGGCAAGGAACCUGGAUAUUUGGAAGACAAGGGUGUUCCGAAAGAUUCGGUCACUCCGACUUUUGCUGCUGCGGUGUUUUACAUUAAGAGCGAACGUUGGGACGGGGUUCCCUUCAUUUUGAAAUGCGGAAAAGCGUUGGACCAACAAAAGACGGAAAUUCGCGUCCAGUUCCAGGACGUUGCUGGUAACAUUUACCCGAACAUCGCUCGUAACGAACUAGUUGUCCGCGUGCAACCGGAAGAGGCUGUAUACAUGAAGUUCAUGAACAAAAAGCCCGGGCUGUCGUCUGCUGCCGUCACGUCCGAGCUGGAUCUGUCGUACGCUAAGCGUUAUCAGGACGUGAAGAUUCCCGACGCUUACGAAUCCCUGAUUUUGGAUGUCCUCAAGGGAGAUAAGGCCAACUUUGUUCGAGACGACGAGUUGGAUGCGGCAUGGAAAAUCUUCACUCCACUCUUGCACCAGAUCGAGCGCGAGAAGAUCAAGCCAGAGCAGUACGCCUUUGGCUCACGUGGGCCCGCUGGGUUGAAUGCCUUUGUGGAAAAGCACGGGUACAGGAGGGACGCCGGAUACCAGUGGACGCCUCCAAAGAUUUGAAUGUAUAAAUGCAGAAAUCAUGCAGGCAUCUAUUACCGACUUUCUGAGACUUAUCAUUGUAAACCUCUGGAUAUCACCAUGUUCUUUAUGUGCCAUAUAUGAAGAUAUGUGGUUCUCAUUUUUGAAAGGUAGUGGACAAUAUACACUAUCAUAUUUUGAAUGGGUCUCAUUGAG